AUGUCUUCAGAGUCCUUCCAGAUCAUCUCCACGCUGCGUUACGAUCCCUCCCUUCCAGAUGUAGUCUCUCAGCGCGGUGCAAACGCCUAUCCUGAUCCGCUCGUUACUCCCUACUACCUCCUCCCAUACCACCAGGACCGACUCCGGAAUGCCGCUCGCUACUUCAACUGGGACAAUGCAUCCAAGUUCCUCGAGCAAGACCUCGCCCAGUUCGCCCGCUAUCUCGAUACAUUCAUACCGCAUAAAGAGAAAUGUUGGCGCGUCCGGUUAGUCCUCGAUAAGAACGGGGAGUGCAAGGUCGAGGCCAACCCUGCCGCACGGAUCGAACUGGAGAACUUCCUCGUCCCGUUCAUAAUCAGCCCUGCCUCUACCCCAUGGCGUGUCUUCAUCGAUAUCGCUCCUACGGCACCAUCGGGACUCACAACCCACAAGACCACUGCGCGCAAAGACUACGCGGCUGCACGGGCCCGGGUGGGGAUUGCGUCGCCGCUGGAUACCGCCGAAGUUCUUCUGGUGAACCCGAACGGCGAGAUAAUGGAGGGAAGUAUUACGACACCAUAUUUCCGACGGCGUGAGGAUAAGGGUCAGGAUGAGCCUGAAUGGAUCACACCGCCGCUGUCAAGUGGCGGCAAUGCAGGGACCAGCAGGCGUUAUGCUCUAGUCCAAGGCUUCUGCGCCGAACAAAUCGUCACAACCCGCGAUCUCAUCGAUGGUGAAGUCUGCUUGCUGAGCAAUGGGGUCAGAGGAUUCUUCCUAGGACGGAUUAUGCUCAGGGCAACCAAAGCAUAG